AUGUCUGUUUGCAUGAUACCAAAUGAUGCAAGUCAUGAAGAGGCCGUUGAGUGGAUUGUGUUCGGUCUAGAACAGCUGAUAAAUUUGUCCAACGAAAUAUUCGAACGUUUAGCGAAUAGGAUAAAAAAUUUUACUGAGCAUGCCAAUCGAGUACAGUUGGAUUUGAAACGAGUUGCCAAAAAAAUCGAGCAAAUCAGAGAGAUAAACACGGCGGUCGUAAUUAGUGCCCCUAGCAAGUUUAUAAAAACGGAGAAUGAAUGCCAGCAGAGUAUUUUGGGCCAAGGAUUGUGUACAAAUGUUAAUGCUUUAAGAAAGAUUAACGCGAAGCAGAGAUAUGAUUUAUAUGAAUCAAAAGAUGUUGCAAUAGUUUUGGAUGAAAAGCAAAAAUUUUAUCGGUUCACAGAACGAGGAAUGAAGCCGAAUAGACAAACGAGAGAGAUCCCAGAUAAUUUGCAGUCUGCUGCCGAUUUUUUGUUGUUCAACACUACUCUGAAUGUUUAUACUGACAGGCGAUUCCUGGAUCCUUUUGAUAAUGUGAAAAUUGAAUUGCAUAUGGAGUCAGAAUCCAAGAUACAACAAUCUGCACCAAUGGCGGAUGACUCAACCUUGACUGUCAGCGUGAAGCAAAAAAUGGAUCCGUUGCAGUAUCAACCAGAAUUCGGUUCACUUCAGAAUUUCAGUCUUCCAGAAUUGUUAUUCACUUCAGCGAGUCUUCCUCCUGAUUCGCUGAUUGUUCGGAACUCCUCAGGAAGGGAUGUAUCAAAUACUGCUGAAUCAGUCAUGGAAAGUGAUAUUAAUACCGAAGAAAUAUCAACUAAACUAGAUCUAACUAUUGCAGAAAAUACUAAUAAACGGUCUUCAAUGAUAAGUGAAAAUGUAGCAGUUAGUUCGCGGUUUUUGGCUUUGGAAACGAGUGAAACAUAUGAAACAUCUUCUGAGGCAACGAGUAUAGCAGAAAAGAUACCAUCGUCACUUCCUCCAGCAGCGCCUCCUCCUCCCCCUCCACCGGCACCACCAAUUCAGCUUACAACACAGGUCACAAUGGGUAGUCAGUUGAAACCGACAAUUAUAUGUAAUGAUGAUAGAGCUAAUUUAAUGGAAGCUAUACGAAGAGCGGGAGGGGCGAAAGGUGCAAAACUACGAUCAAUAAGAAAACGGGAAGAAAUACUUGCUGAAGAUGCAUCGGUUUUGCCUAAACGAAACGUGCUUGCUCUUUCAUCGAGCAACGAUUUGAUGUCUUCGCUAGCGCAAGCUUUGGAACAGAGGCGCAAGGGAAUAUUUGGAAAGAAAUCGGAACGUCGAGAGCCAACAAAAUCUUUAGGAUUAAAUGAGGGAGCAUUUGCACAUAUGAGUGCCCGAAUACCGCCACCACCUCCCAAAGAAGAUAAUGAUGAAUAUGAUGAUGUUGAUGAAAUCGACGAUUAUGAAUGGGAAUAA